AUGAUACCACCCCCCUCUCCCACUCCAAACCCACUGCUUUCCUUUCAAGUUCAAGCAAGAGCUUCGAAAGUGGCCUCCGGACUAUUCACAGACUAUCGUAAACUCCUCCUCCUGACCCCGCUGGUCACCAGCACGGGGCCCCUCAUCCUCUUCUUCUACUCCGCCUUCACCCACCCCCCGAUCCGCGCCAAAUCUAAUGCCUUGCUUCCACGCUGGUUCCAGCGCGUCUUCGAUCAGAACAUCUAUCUUCUUAUUGGGUUGAACAUGGUUACCAUCUCUACGGCGACGGCAGUCCUCACCCUACUGAAUGUGAGCGAUGUGACCAUUUCGAAAGGCAGUCGGAAGUUGUUUUUGGCGGGACUGAUCGGGACGUGCGCGCAUUUCAUCUUCGCGCCGACAAUGCUAGGCAUUAUUGAAAACAUUACGACUGAUCGGACGGGCAAUUGUACGGAGGAUAUGGAGCAUUGGUUGAGA